GCGCUGUCCUUUCACUUUCUUGGGUCCCCAAACCUGACACCUGGGGCCAGAACUACAAUUCCCACCACGCAGCGAGGCCGGAGGAAGAGGGGCCCUGAGGGCUGAAAGGGACAACCUGGAGAAAAAGGAAACAAUACCUGCCUGCAGCAGAGGCGAGAGAGCAAGACAGGUCUGUUCUAGGUGGCAACAGCCAUGCAGUUCUCCAGGUCAGCCAGGGCAGCUGAUGAGAACUUUGACUAUUUGUUCAAGAUUAUCCUCAUUGGGGAUUCCAAUGUGGGGAAGACGUGUGUGGUGCAGCAUUUCAAAUAUGGAGUCUACACCGAGACACAGCAGAACACGAUUGGGGUAGACUUCACCGUGCGCUCCCUUGAGAUCGAUGGCAAGAAAGUGAAGAUGCAGGUGUGGGACACGGCCGGCCAGGAGCGCUUCCGCACCAUCACCCAAAGCUACUACCGCAGUGCACAUGCGGCCAUCAUCGCCUAUGACCUCACCCGGCGGUCCACGUUCGAGUCCGUCCCCCACUGGAUCCACGAGAUAGAAAAAUAUGGAGCGGCCAACUUGGUCAUUAUGUUGAUCGGAAACAAAUCUGACAUGUGGGAAAAGCGGCAUGUCCUGUUUGAGGACGCCUGCACUCUGGCUGAGAAAUACGGCCUCCUGGCGGUUUUGGAGACAUCUGCCAAGGAAUCCAGGAACAUCGACGAGGUCUUUGUGCUGAUGGCCAGGGAGCUGAUGGCCCGCAACAGCCUGCACCUGUAUGGGGACGGCGCCCUGAGCGGCCUGUCCCUGGAUUCCAGCCCCAUUCUGGUGGCCCCGGGGCCAGGUGAGAAGACGCCCUGCAGUUGCUGAAUCUGCUCGCAAGGCCAGUCGUGCCCACCAAAAGGCUGUCUCUGAAACCAAAGGUGGCUGAUGAUGCCUGAGUG